UGCAGCCGGAAUACGGAGGUGAUAACGAGGAUGGGGAGCCGCGCAUGACUCAGGGCCGGGGGCAGCCCUUGUGGUACUUAGGGCAGGUCACACUGGAGCAGAGCUAAGCAGCAGAAGCCAUGAGUUCCGCAAAGCAAUUGGACGUCAGCAAAGCCCUGGCAACUGCCAGCCUCUUCCAUUUCUUCCACAGUGCUGGAAAUUACUGUGUGAUGCCAUUCCUAACGAUCUAUUUUCGUCAGCUGGGCCUGAACGCACCCCUAGUGGGCAUUGUAAUGGGAGUUAAAUAUAUUAUUUAUGUUUUAUGGGCUCCCUUGUGCUCAUACCUGGCCAACAAUGGCAUCCGGAGGAGGAUUCUCAUAACAACAUCUCUGUUUUUGUCUGUGGGAGCCGGAAUAACAUUUGUCUUCAUUCCACCCCUGAGCAAAGACACUUUUACCAACUUCUGUAACGUCAGUCAAACUUGGAAUAAUAGAUUAGCAAUCUCAGGAGACAUGGCCCUAUCAAGUCAUGAUAACACAAGUUUUUCUCUGCCUGAAAGCUCACAGACCACUCCUUUGGACUCUUACUUAGAAAUGCAUUUAACACAUCCUCCGAGAACAUCAGAGAACUCAGAACCAACAAAAAAGGCCAUUCAUGUUUCUUACCCAUCAUCUAUAAAUCUAACUCACAAGUCUAAACCUUCUUCCUCUAGGAAAAAAAUAUUGGAUAACUCUAGUACAUUAACUAGUAGCACAUUCUCUACAGCAACUAGAAUGGACAGCAUCUCUGCAGACCAUGCACUCAGUGGUGAUGGGAGUGAAAUGCCGCUUACAGAUUCCCAGCCUACAGUAUCUUCUAUUCAUGUCUUACAUGCCAAGUUACCUCAUGCAAAAAAAGUCAGGGACACCCAUGUCAAACUUUCUAGCCCAGUUUAUUUCCUUGCUGAUGAACAAAAAGUGUUCCUGAUGGUGCUGGGAGCGGUGAUCAUUUGGGAAAUAAUAGCAGCUCCUCUGGAUUGGACAGCAGAUGAUAGCCUUUAUGAAUAUCUCGAUUUUGUGGAUGCCACAGACCGCCAUGGAAAGCUCUGGAUCUGGAACUACCUUGGAGCUUGCAUGGGCUGUGGUGCAAUUGUGUUGUUGAUAGACAAUUUCAGUUGCUUUAUUUAUCAUGAUGUCCCCAGAGUUUCCCUACAUUUCUUCAGUUAUUCUACUUUCAUGGUAAUAAGUCUACUUCUAAGCUCUCUGUUCCCAAUUCAUGCCUCUAAGAAGUCCGAACACAACAAUAAAACCAUUAAAGCUCUUGGACUUAUUGGGAGCGAUGGUGGCAUUGUUCUUAUUGCUGUCACAGUCUUCCUAACUGGUGUUAUAGGCUCUACGGCUAACAACUUUCUUUUCUGGAGGAUGCAGGACAUAGGAAGCAGUGAGCUGUACAUGGGCAUGUCGGUAGCUAUCGCCCUUUUGUCUGAAAUGAUUCUUUACCUCUUCAGAAACAAACUGCUGAAGGCCUUGUCGUUCAAAUGGACUGUGGCUCUGGGUUUAAGUUGCCUGGCUGCUCAGCUCCUCUAUUACUCAUUUUUAUGGAAUUCAUGGUCUGUGCUGCCCAUUCAGCUUCUGAGUGCGUUCAGUAAUGGAGCUUUGUGGUGGGCCAUUAAUUCUCAAGCAGAAGAUGUUGCCACCCCGGGCACGGAGAGAUCACUGCAGCUUGUUCUUCACAGCCUUUCCUACGGCUUUGGUUCUAGUGUAGGAAGCUUUUCCAGUGGUUUUGUCAGCCACAGGUUUGGGCUUUCUGUGCUGUACCAAGCUUGUUGUUUGACAUUGGUUCUCUGGAUCAUUCUGUUCUUGCUGAUUCAACCCAGGUUGCCACAACUGAAAAAAAUCAACUAUUCACGACUUCUCGCUGCUGACAACAGUGACAUGAGCGACUCUGAGGAUGAGCCAGAGAGAGACUGGCUAGUCAAGGCUAUGAAAGAUGAAAACUUUAAUAGGAAAUGGUAGUGUAAGAUGCACUACUUUUACUGGACUUCCUGGCACCCCAUGAACACUUGUGUAUGGAUUCUCAAAUGCGUAUUGGUUUACAUGAUGGUUAUGUGUAUAUCUCUGCACUCCAAUGGAUUAAAUUUAUUUUAUUACA